CGCCGAUAUCGAUUUGAAAGCACAGCUUUCGCGUGACAAUUUCCUGCAAGGUUAAUUAAGUCUCCGGUCUGGCCGCAAUGUCGCGGCUGUCCUCGAUGAUUAAAACGUCAAGAAGCAUGUUUAAUCGCGCAUCAAGGCCGGGCGGCGGGGUCGCGCACGACAAGUUGAAGAAGAUCGCUUUCAACUUGGCCGGAUGGAACCAAUACGGGUUGUAUACGGACGACGUGCUGUCCGAGCACUAUCCGAUAGUGAGGGAGGUUCUUCGCCGACUGCCGAAGGACGUGCAGGAUGCGCGAACUUUUCGAAUGAUACGGGCGGCGCAAUUGGAUUUCCUGAAAACGCGGUUACCCAAGGACGAAUGGAUCACGUUCGAGCAGGACCGGGAGUACCGAUACCUGAAGCCUUAUCUGAAGGAAAUCUACGAGGAGAUAUACGAGAUUUACGAGUUCGGCUGCGUUAAUUAUAGCGAGAACGACUGGCCGGCGGAGUAA